AUUAUUUAUUAUACUUCUAUCUUUUACCUAUUUAUUUCUUCUUUUUCUUAACUUUUUUCUCUCUGUUUGUGGGGCCCUGAAUAUCCGAGUAUGAAUGUCGCGAAAACUAUAUUGUAUUUUAGCGUGUAUGAAUGCCGCGUUUUGACUGUUCUUAAUUUUAACUACUUUUUUAUUGCCGCGCGCGCGUACCCCUGGGAUUUUUAUUAUCUUUGACGACCACUAUCUGUGAUACUCCCAGGGGACGCCCACAUAACUGUGAUAACGUAUCCCCCCAGCACGCGAGCUGGGGAGAUGAAAAUAUAUGUGAUAUUUUGCGUGGGCUGGGGGAAGCGUCCCUCAGCCCUUAAUUAGUCAUUACGCCCACUGGCAGGGGGGGCUAUUGUCCCCUGCCCAUAAAAUAUUUUAAGAUAGCGCGCGGCCUAGCCCGCUCAUUUAUGUACCUGCCCCAGGGGGGAUUUGUUCCCCCUGGGGAAUAUCUUUUGAAAAUAAAGAGCGAGUUAAUCUGUUCUUAUCAGCUUAAUAUCUGAUACAGUCCCCAUAGGGGACUCAGAAUAUUAAACUGAUUUUUGCAACCAGGCGGGGUUCCGGGGCUUGCUCCGACCCUACCGCGGGUCGACUCGGCAUUGCAGUGCCGUCGAGUUCGGCCCAAUAAAUGUAUUAAAAUACAUUCGCGAAGGCGAGCCUGGCGCCUCUUAGAAUAAAGACUAAACACGUCCAAGUGUAGUAAUAUUCUGAGUCCCUGAACAUACCUGCGGGUCUGGAGCACGUAAAAUCUCUAAGUCCCGUUGCCGGCUGCCGUAUUAUAAUAAAUUUACUUAUAUUCACUGUGCACUGCACAAAGUAUAACAUCUGGUAGUAUGGCACAUGGCAAUGUACUCGCCAUGUGCCAUAGAGUAUAGUAUAGACGGCGGCCGCGCACCGGGCUUAAGCCGGACCCGCACCGGCGGGUGUGUUCAUUAGCUCAGAGCUUAGUCAGUAAGUUCGAGUGUGUGUGUCGCGUCGCGUCUUUGCCGAGGAGCGAUUUCGUCUAGUAACACGCGCCGCUUUAACUUAUAACCGGGAACGAAUUAAUAGUAGUUCACAAGCAUUAGGCUCCGUUCACCGGACAAGUUCCCGGUAUAUAUAUCGCGAGUGCUGUAAAAGUUAAAGUACCGCGAGUGAAACAAGUGUUAGGAGACGAGGCAGAAGAUCGCCCAGGGACCGUUGGACCCGACAUUGGUAAGUACAUUGCUAUCUACUUUGGUGGUGGGCCGGCACUCAGUGGCCGGUGCGAAAGUGAAGCCGCGCAGGACGAGAGUCCGGCGCAGUCCCCCUCCUCCCCGGCACGUGAGUUGCCAAUUCCCGGGAGGAACGAGCGGCGCCUGUCGGCGUUCUCUCGUUGCGUCGUCGCGCGGUGCGCGGGUACGUUCGUACUCUUCCGCAUCGUCGACGUGCGUGGCGUGGGCGCGUCGCCCGGCGGCGCUCUCAAUUUCAAAUAGUGCGCGCACGGCGGGAGCACCGAUUGGUUCUCUCGUCGACCAACCAGCGCGCGCGCCGGGCUCUCUUCCGGCGAGGCGGAUUCGCCCCGUCACUGCGUGUCGAGAGGCUAUUGGACUUGUCCAGUAGUCUCUCCAAAGAUCGAGCGGGCCCUUAAUAGCAAAAAACAAAAUUAAAAUUAAUUUAAUAAAGUAAUAGCAAUGUCGGGUCCAACGGAGUUCGUAUUCGAAUAUCCCCUGCCUCCAGAAUGGAACGAUCGCGCUCGCUGCCCCCGGUGUUGGGCAGCGAGGGAGGCAGGGAGUCACAAAGAGAGCGUGACGGGCGACUUCUGCGACAUGGCGCAUCUCGCAAAGCAUUUAAAGAAAAAACAUCCGGGGGAUACAAUUAUAUAUAAAUGCGCAUUUUGUAAUUUCAGGGGGACGUCUAAAUACCCCCUGAAAGAUGUUAAACUACAUAUUGAGAAACGCCACAAAUCCCCCGCUGCGAAUGCGCCAUGUCCGAGCACUCGCGAUAACGAUAGGAGAUCCGGCGAGUCAAGCGGUACGGGCGUGCGUACUCGUGCGACGGGCGCGUGCGCGGGACCAUCGGGGGCGGCCAGGGGGGUGCGAAAUACUGCCCCACGCGACCUGCGGCAACCCGGGUUGCCCUUCGUGCCUACCCCGCCGCCACAAACAUCUAGGGCGGCCACUAGGACGAGUGCGACACCACCGCCAGUCGCAACAGAGUCCCCCUCUUACGCGGCAGUGACUGCGGGCAGCACACGGCCACGGACAACCCCGCCAACAACAAUAGGUACCCGCAGAUCCACUGCCGCCAAAAGCGCCGCGCCAAUAGCCACAACAUCGGCGAGGACCGCCGCAACGACAACAUCGACGAGGUGUACAGUGUUGUCGAACGAAAGAGUAAGUAUGCCCAUCAACAGGAAAACUGCCGCACAACCGUCAACCUCGCGGGCCGGUGCCAACUCUAAUAAAAUCAACACCCGGCCCGCCAGUGCGGCAGUUAGCCCGCCAAUCGCGGCAAGAUCGGCACGCGCUCCCUCCCAACCCCCGCAGCGAAAAACAUCAGCUGCGGGGGCAGGAGGAGCGCCCACCACCAUCCGGCGGAGCGGGGAGGGAGCUCCGAGGAAAUCGCCGCUCGAGAGGCCAAUCGCGUCGAGGACGCGUCGAGCGGCGAGCGUGCCGAUCGAGAAGAGCGAGCCAAAGAGAAGCGCAGCCAGACCGGGACGCGUCCCCCCGCACCCCCCCGCCGAGGAAACUUCCAUCCAUUCCUCGGACGGGGAGGGCACGCCAAGGAACAUCGGCGGCGCGGGGGCGACAAGGAAAUCAACCAGAAAGCUGCCCGACAGGAUUCCGCCGUCCACUAGCCAAGGCGGAGCCAUGACGAGGACGAGGAGUCGGGCGGCCAGCGUUCCGGUCGAGAACAGCGCCCUGGAGAGCCGGCGGGCUGCUCUGGACCGGACAUCGUCCAGAGCGAUGGGCAGUGCGACGUCGCGCAGCACGGGGGUGUCCACGAGGAGGACCCCGGCAAAGCAACCCCCCGUGCGGCCCCCCAGCCUGUCGCCGAACACCAGCGACAGACCAACGGGGGGCCCCAGCGAGAGUAUUCCAUCUCUCUCGCCCGCGACGUCGCUACCGACAACGCUGACCACCUGCACGGUGACGACGACGACGUGCGGGAGUCCAGUGAUGUCCACUGGACUACCCGCAGGGGGGAGGCAAAUGUCACCGCGCCUACCCCCUCUCCCGACCAUCGUGGAGGCGUCACCGUGCGCGGCGGUCAUGGUGAGGACUCCCCCUAAGCAACGACCAUCAGCGCCACCUAGGAGGGAGUCCCCGGAAGAAAGAAAGAGCGCGGCGCCACCUACAACACCAGGAAAUGAGGGGGACGAAGAGGAGGCAUGGAGGGUGUGCCUGGGGAGAAGAGCGGGGAGAAGGCGCCUCCCCCCUACACCCCCGUCUGACUCCGAGUCCCCGUUGGCCGCGCGCGCGCGUACCCCGCCGAGUGCGUCGCCAAAAGCGUCGGCGAACUCUCGCGAAAACUCGAGCCAUCGCGAGAGUCUAAAUUUAUCAGACCUAAAUAAUAAUGAAAUUACGGCUACCUCCACCCAAAUCGUCUCACCACCCACGACGGAGGCGGAGAGUUGUCGCAGGACAUCGCCGGACCAUGAGGAGGCAGAUAAUCGGGAACGUACUGCACAGGUAGGUGCCGUACACCCGAAUGCUCCCGUAAAUGUCCGCGGUGUAAUGGGUCGGCGGCGUGCAGCCGUGCCACCCAGCGUGCCACCUCGUGAGGAAGGUGGCGCACCUCCGGCCCCUGUCUGUCGUCACGGGGGUCGGGGGCGGCACGACGGUCGGCGGCGUGUCAACGUUCCGGCCGGCCAGCCGCCGCGGGAUCACCCGGCGCCUGCGACUGUCGCAAGGCAGCGUAGGCGUGAGCGGGUGGCUGCCCGCGACGCGCUGGUCGGGCGUGCGGAGGCCGUCGCUACGAUUGCGGACCUGGAGACUGUCGCGGUCUCGGUCGCGGCAUUUUUCGGGGAGGAAGCAGCGGAAAGGACCGGACGUGCCGCUCCCGGCGCCCAAGACCGCCCAACUCGGUCGCGGAACGCGGGGGCUCGUCGGGGGGCGAGGGGAGGUGAGUCUCUGCGGAGAGAGGGCGCCGAUAGCGCGGGGCCAGCACCGGCUCGCCCCGCAGCGUCGGGAGAAGCACGCGGGGACUGGGUGUGUGAGGCCAAGCGCAUCCAGGCGCUGUACAGGGCGAACCGUCGGAAGGCGGUUCGAGAGGUGCUCCAGGGUCCCGCCGAGUCGUGCCAAGUGCCGAUUCGACGGGUCCAGGAGUACUUCGAACAACUAUACUCCGGCCACCGGGAGAACCUGGCCGGCGCCGGGGUGCGCGAGGCCAAUCACACUGACCCCUCGGGCAUGGCGGGGGAGUUUUCCUAUCUCCUGAAUCCCUUCACGCAGCGAGAGGUGGACCGUCGGCUCCGGCGUAUGAACAACUCUGCGCCGGGUCCCGACGGUGUCUCCUACAGGGACCUGCGUGGAGCGGACCCGGGAGCUGGGCUCCUCAGCGCAGUGUUUAAUGCGUGUCUGCGUCUCGAGGCGGUUCCCGCGUCCUGGAAGACCUCCAACACUCUUCUUAUUCAUAAGAAGGGUGAUCAGAACGUGUUGGAGAAUUGGCGCCCUCUCGCCUUGGGGGACACUGUCCCUAAGCUCUUCGCCGCGCUCUUGGCUGACCGUCUGGCCGACUGGUCGAUUGACCACGGCCGGCUUAGUCCCGCUCAAAAGGGCUUCCUGCGGGACGAGGGGUGCUACGAGCACAACUUCGUCCUUCAGGAGGUCCUGAACGAUGCGCGGAGGACCCGGAGGCAAGCGGUCGUCGCGUGGCUGGACCUGUCCAAUGCGUUUGGAUCGAUCCCGCACGAGACGAUCCGUCAUGCGCUCACUGGAGCGGGUGUCCCACGGGGUCUCAUAGCGAUAUGGGACUCCAUGUACGAUGGUUGCACGACGCGGGUGCGUGCCGCUGAUGGAUUCACCGCGCCCAUCCGCAUUCGCUCGGGCGUCAAGCAGGGUUGUCCGCUAAGCCCCAUUGUUUUUAAUAUCGCCAUCGACUCGGUGUUGCGUGCAACCACCGAGUUCGAUGACGGAUACAGGCUCCACGGCCACCGGUGGAGCACACUGGCUUAUGCGGAUGACAUUGCACUCCUGUCAUCGACGCCCGAGGGAAUGCGGAGACUGCUGAAUGCAGUGGAGAGGGAGGCAGCGUCGGUAGGACUGCGGUUCAACCCUGCCAAAUGUGCCACCCUGCACAUCGGUGCGGGCAAUGGCGGCAGGGUCCUGCCGACGUCAUUCCGGAUCCAGGGCCAACCGAUGCGUCCGCUGUUAGAGGGUGAAUCCUACGAACAUCUCGGGGUUCCAACGGGAUUCUCCGUCGACCAGACGCCCUACGCCACUGUCGGGGACAUCGUCUCUGACCUCCAGGCGGUCGACCGUUCCCUCCUCGCCCCGUGGCAGAAGUUUGAUGUCAUGGCUACCUUCAUCCUGCCCCGUUUAGAUUUUCUGCUGCGGGGAGCCAGGGUUUUGAAGCGUCCUCUCACGGCCGUGGACAAGACCAUCCGUCGAUACGCAAAGUCCUGGAUGAAUCUCCCUCAGCGAGCGGGUGCGGAGGGCGUCUACAUGCCACCUUAAUGGGGGGGGUGUGGACUUCUG